GCGGCUGCGGGAGCGGCGGCGGGACGGGAACCGACGGAGGAGGAGGAGGAGGAAGAGGAGGAAGGCGGCGGGGAAGCGGUAUGGGCGCCUGACGCCCGUCCCGUCCCGCCGCCGAGGGACGAUGGCGCGGCCCCGCGGCGGGCGGUGGGUGCUGGGUGUCCUCCUCGCCUUGUGCCGCUUGGCCGCGUCCCUCGCCAAGAGCCUGGAACCCGUGUCCUGGAGCUCCGCGAACCCCAAGUUCAUGACUGGGAAGGGACUGGUCAUCUACCCGGAGAUCGGGGAUAAACUGGACAUUAUCUGCCCCAAGGCGGAGCCGUCGAAGCCUUACGAGUACUACAAGCUGUACCUGGUGAGGAGGGAGCAGGCUGAUGCCUGCAGCACUGUCAUGGACCCCAACGUGCUGGUGACCUGCAACCGGCCCGAGCAGGAGAUCCGCUUCACCAUCAAGUUUCAGGAGUUCAGCCCCAACUACAUGGGCCUGGAGUUCAAGAGGCAGCAGGAUUACUUCAUCACAUCCACUUCCAACGGGACGCUGGAUGGCCUGGAGAACCGGGAAGGAGGGGUCUGCCAGACACGCUCCAUGAAGAUUGUCAUGAAAGUGGGGCAGGAUCCAAACGCUGUGAUCCCAGAGCAGCUGACGACGAGUCGGCCCAGCAAGGAGUCUGACAACACGGUGAAAAUCGUCACCCAGAGCCCCCGCAGCAAGGUCCCUGCAGCUGAGGAGCCAGGCAAGCCCGGCUCUGUCAACCAGGACGGUCAGGAGACCCAAGGUCCCAGCGACGGCUUCUUGAGCUCCAAGGUCGCCGUCUUCGCGGCCAUCGGCGCCGGCUGCGUCAUCUUCAUCCUCAUCAUCAUCUUCCUCGUCGUCCUCCUGAUCAAGAUCCGCAAGCGUCACCGGAAGCACACGCAGCAGCGGGCAGCAGCCUUGUCCCUCAGCACCUUGGCCAGCCCCAAAUGCAGCGGGAACGCGGGCUCGGAGCCCAGCGACAUCAUCAUCCCCUUACGGACUACAGAGAACAACUACUGCCCGCACUACGAGAAGGUCAGCGGGGACUACGGGCACCCCGUCUACAUCGUCCAGGAGAUGCCCCCCCAGAGCCCAGCCAACAUUUACUACAAGGUGUGAGGAGCAGCCUCGGGCAAGCCGCCGAUGCAGGAGCACCGCGGGAGGAACGCCGAGGGCGGGCGGGGGGCAGCGGCCCCCCCGGGGAUCCCCCCACCCCCCACCCAGGGGCGGGGAGGGAGGAAGCGAAACGGACCCCCCGGCAGCAUGGGGUCUGGCACCACAGGGUGUAAGGAUGGAUGGAUGGAUGGAUGGAUGGCUCGCUCGAAGAUUCUCCCCUUUGUAUUUAGUUUUGUAGUUCUCAGCUUUUGUAAUCCCGAGACUCCAGGGUUGAGCCUUCAGCCUCCUCCUCCUCCUCCUCCUCCUCUUCUUCUUCUUCUCCGGACCGCGGGUGCUGUGCCUUUCCGUGCUUGCUCAGACACCUCUGGCCAGCCCUCCCCUCCUCCUGGACUCCCACCUCCCUGUUUUCGAUUUUUUGGGAUUUCCCUGCCUCGCCCCUGCGUGAAGUGCCCGUGUCCCUGGUGCCACCAGUGGGUCCCACAGCCUGGAUGACACCGGGACCACGGCCAGGAGCUUCGGUCCAAGGAGCAGCUGCCACGGGGGGGGGGGGAGGAGGAAGAUGCUUCUCCAAGGUGCCAAGAUGCAGACAGCUGUGCAGGGAGGAAGCUGGCAAACCCGAUUUACUACUACUACUAUUAUUAUUAUUAUAAUUAUUUUAAAUUUUUUUUGUUUUGUUUUUGUUUUUUUGGUAACAUUUUUAUUUUUGUGAAUUCCGGGCAGGACUCCGGCCCUCUGCCCCACAUGCCCUCACCUCCUUCCAGCACUCCAUCCCGGCCGUGGGGCUGACCCCACUGCUCCCACUGCUGCCCUUGGAAACUUUUGUGUUCGUAGCUGUUGACUCUUGGUUUUAGUCUCUUUAUAAAAACAAAGAAAGAAAGAAAAAAAAAAUUACCUAUCUA